UUGGCCUAUCUCGAUGCGUGGAAAAUUCAGGCAACGAUUCGCUCAAGAAAUGAUAAAGCGCCGCUUUUUUCCGGAUCCUAGGUUCCAUCCACUUACCCCUCGCUACAUUUGUUUACCAAUCGAAGUCCGACACUGGGAUCUAUCUUUGUCGGAGUUCAUUUAAACCGCCUCGGUACCACAGCAGUGUCAACGGUGCUGAAAAAAUAACGUCCGAGUCGCGCCGAUCGCAGCAGCCAAACAACGCAAAUUUGGUCAAAUUGAAAACGUUCGAAUUUUGCUGGAUAUUCGCGGGUGAUUACGAAGAAACGUUCGCGAUUACAUAGAUGAUUGAGUUUCAAGUGCAUGUGGUGUGAAAAAUAAGUGCGCGUGUGGAACAAUACGAUGGAAUACCGUGGCUUUUACAAGAACGCCUCCCGUGGAAACCGUUUGAAGGAAGGCAACAGCCAGCUGCUUCGAUCGAAACGGGAGAGCUCCCGACAGGAUUUGCACUUUACGAACCGGAAUCUCAGUGCGUCCGAUUUUACGAAUGAGCAGCAGCAGCAGGAAGAGGAGCGUUAUCCGUUGACGGAGCAUCAGAUCGCGAAACCCAGAUUAAGCAGCGGCAAAAAACGGCGCCGUUCCAGCCGUGGGGGUAAGGAGAACAAGGAAAACGAAUUCAAGUCGAAGUACGAGGAACGGCUUGAGCGCUUGAGGAGAUUCAAGGAGCAGCGUGCCCAAGCGAAACAGAAAACCGUCAAAAAGAAGCCAUUCGUGGCGGUGGUUUCCAAGACCAACCUGGUGGACAGAGAAUACGAGAAGAACCUGUUCAAGAAAUCCGAGGAGGAACUGAAGCGGCUGGCCGAGAAGCGAAAGGUGCUAACGCCAGCGGCCAAGCACGCAACCCCUCGGGUGGACACCCGACGGAAGGAUAAUCCCACCGCGGAAAAGCAACCGCCGCCUCGUUCAAGAAGAAACAUUCUAACGGUGAAAACGCCAGCAUCGAUCAAGUCGGCCAAACCUAGGGUGGACACAUGGCGGAAGGGAUUGACCCCCGGGGAUUGUGCUGUUGCUGGGGCUGGGACGGAAAAGAAAGCCGACAAACCGAGAACCGGUUUGCGAUCGAGGAAUGGCACGGCAACGAAGAAUGCUGUUGUUGCUGCGAAGGGUGGAAGAACGGCGGCGGCAGCGGCGUCGACGACGAUCGUCUCGUACAAGAAGGGCGAUGCGGCGGCAGCUGGUUGCAGCAGCAAUAUGCGCUACCUGGAGGUUCGCUCGGGACAAAAAGCCGUUCAGUUCAUGUUCCGUUUCACCAAGGAUGGUAAAAUGGUGACAUCGACCAACCGUAAAAAGCGCAAGAGUUUGGAGCGAUUGAAUCGAGCCAAUGCUCCUGGAAACCUUCAACUGCACCGUUUUUCGCCGAAAGUACCCAGCGACGACGAUGUUUUCGAUGGAAUCAGUCCAAUCGAUGCGGACACGCCGACUCCGAAGAAGAAGAUGUCUCCCAUGGACUCGGAAGUCAUUGCCAUGCGGAAACGGGAAACCAGGCACCGAUCGAUGGUCUUCAAGGUGGAAGAUGUCAAACAGGAGAAGCAGGAUGACGAUUGGGAACCGCAGGUGAUCACCAUUUCAGAUGACGAUUCCUUCGUGGGAGUUUCCGUGAAGAACGAACCGAGACUGAACGAAUCGUUUACGGUGGAAGUGAAAGAGGAGAAAUUGGUCGAUCGGCGACCAACGAUCGACGAAUCACCGCCCAAGACCGAAUCCCCGAAGUUGAUCGGUUCGGGACGGAAGUCGUUCAGUGGCCGACCAUCGUUGGUGUUCGUGGAAGAGAAUAACGCCCCAACGGAGCUUUCAGUUUUCGCCAAGAAUUCCCCUCAAAUAGCCAGCAAGCGCAACUUUUUGGUAUUCCUCGAGGAAAGGAUCGACGCUCCGAAGAUUGCAACGAUCGAAGUGCUGGAUUCUCCUGUCCGAACAACGAUGAGUCCCCGGCGGCGAUCGCUAACGCCUAGAAUGAGCUUCAUCGAGGAGGACAUUGGUGCAAUGACGAAACCACUGCCGGAGGGUAAUCUGGCAACGGUUCUGCUGAACAAACAGCAGGAAUCGAAGCGCCGUAGUAGCGGCGGCGGCGGCGGAAGUAGGCGUUCCUCGUUGGUCAACUUCCGGGAGGAGGAUCAACCGCCGUCGGAUGUACGCGAGAAGGUCGCAUUCUACUACAAUCUGGUUGAGAAAGAGCUAAAGCGUCUGCAAGAGCUUUGCGACUUGUACAAAGAUGAUCUGGACAGCGAGGAGAUCGACGAAAAUGGCAAAGGUUUGAUAAUAGCCGCCCAAGGACAAACCAACAUCCUGAUCAACAAGAAACUGUCCAAGUUCAAAGAGUUGGUUGGCCACUACGAGCGUAGCUGGGCUGAUCAGAAAGUUCGAACGGAUGAUCUGGACGGUUUCUGGUUGAUGGUGUCGCUGGAUUUGGAAAAUCUCGAUCGACGCUUCGAUGAGCUUCGCCAGCUAAAAGAUAACAACUGGCAGGAGGUUGUAGAGCAACCCAAGGUAAAGAAACUGAAGAACGGAGGUGGCAUCAAAAAGCGCGAAAAGAAACCCAUGAAAACCAAGGCCAGCGGAUUGGCCGACCUGAUCAAAAAGGCCCGCGAGGAAGCUAAGAAGAAGCUGAUGAUGGAAGCAGCUUUGGUGGAGACCGUCAAAGUGGUGACGCCGAUAAAACGCUCGGUUCGCAUUGCUACCACGCCACGACGUAGUAGCAUCACGAGAAAUAGCAUUUGCACCGGUUGCACACCGACUCCCGGCAAAAGUGCGACUAAGAAAUCCCGGAAAACUAUAUUCAAUGAUCACACCCUCCGAAGGCACGAAAUUGUAAAAUCGAUUUUAAAAACUCCCAGCGAAAAACGGCGUGCCAAGAGUGUGCUUUUCCUCGACUCCGGACUGGAUACCCCCGAAGCACGCCCAUCGGGGGGCAGUGGUGGUCGCAAAAUUGUGCACACACCAAAGCCUAAAAUUACCUUCAACGAAGAGCUAGAGGUUGAAGAUGUGGAAACGAUCUCGCACACCACUCCGUACAAGCUGGAAGAUGAAAUCCGCAAACGGCGGCGCAGUUCGUUGUUUACGAAACACUGCCACGAUGAUGAACCGGAACCAGUUGAAUCGGAAGAACAGGUGUGUCAUGUUCAUCAGCAGCCCAGGAGGCGGAGAACCUUACGUUUCUCGAUGAAUGCGGCUGCCGAAGGAGAAGAAGAAGAGGCAGACCACCUGGAAGAAGCACGAGACCACGUUGGCUCGCCGAUGAAAUUUGACAACGAGAAGAAAGAUAAAACCAAGCGAACGCGAGGGAAAAGCAGAGGUCGUGUCUCGUUUCAAUAAGACUUGAUUUAAUACUGACUUAUCUACUUAUUUAAGUUUUAGUUGUGGCCCUUGAUUUUUAUUUUUCGACUUGUUUAUUGCCAGUACUGUACCUUUUAAAACGCGCUAUUUUGUUUAGCAUACUCUUAGUGCACUUUAUACUGUUUAUAGUAUUCCCACAAUAUACACCGGAAUUUAAAAAUUAGAGUUUACUCAUCCGAAAUCGCC